AUGCUUGCAACCCUUCAUGCUUCUAAAUUUAGCUCCUUUUCUUCAAAUCCAAAUCCACCAGCACCUGUUGAAGAACUGAAUGAGGAUUAUGCAGCUGACUACGAAGAAGACUUACCUUCACCGAGCAAGGAUGAACCUUCAUUUCCUAUGCUAGCUAUCAGCUUACCACCAGCGAGCGUCGUAGAAUCGCCUGAACCAUCACCUCCUCAAGCGGUCCCUCCUCCAAAGAAAUUUCCGUUCGCGUCUUCGGGAGGCUUUAGUAAAAGAGUGCAGACAACUAUGGAGACCACUGUACCUCCUACAACCCGACCAACGACAAGGCCUACCAGCACUACUGUUCGUACGACCACUAAGCCAAGACCGAAAACUACUCGAACCUACGACGUUGUGGAAACGGAUCGGAAGGUCUUACCUGAGCCUUUGGUCAAGCACAUCUUUUUGAAACGUCCUCUAUCGGAAAAGACUUCGAAAUCGGGCCGUUUUGCCUAUCGAUAG